AUGGCCAAAAUUAAAACUUGCAUUCAACUGGGGCACCCAACGACGGUUGCAUUGAAAACACUUUUUAGGCUAUCCAGAGUACUUUUACAUCUUUAGAAAUGCAUUCUAAGCGGCGCUAUAAAAUUUGUAUCGACUGUUCGGUAAUCCUAUUAGGCAACUUGAGUCUUUUCGCCGAGUCUAUCAGGGCUACAGUAUUAUUUUCCCGAAAAUUUUAGAUGCAAUAAUUAUUUAAAGUUUUAGGAAAGAAAGAAUUUUUCUGAUUCCUCUUUUGGCAUUUUCGAAUGCGAAAGUUUUAGGUUUCCUUUUAGCACGAAAAAUAGCUUAUCCUGGGAGUGAAAUGCGAAAAACUAAACUUUAGAAAAUCGUAGGGAGUUUAUUAGAUAAGCUCCGAAAAUUGUUAAAGAACGUUCAUGUAGAAAUUUUUAGCCUUCCUUAAACCAUAGAAAACUCUAACCGAUUUUUGGUUCUCCGAAUUGAACAGAUAUUUUAUUGAAAACAGACGUUUUAUGACUGAUUCAUAUAACAACGUGUUGACACCGCUAGGGAACGGAGAAAAACGAGACGUCCUUGUUACCGGAAAAGGACUGAAGAUGGGUCUUCUUUUUCAAGAUUGCGUUUGUAAAUCCUACAAAGAAAAGUAACAUUCUGGCCACUUAUCUUAAUGAGGAAAAAAAACCUUUACGGCUUUAGACUAAAAACUGUGAAAGUCUUACUCUCGCAAGACUGUACUUUGUCUAUUAUUUGUAUUUUAUUUUUCUCCACUUAGCAUUAUUUACAACCAAGAGAGGAUAAAGGGGACAGAGAAGGCAUCCUCCGUACACACCCUAUUCCAUAGGUAAUUCGUCUCGAGUUAUUUUUAAGGCCGAUACACACGAGCAUGCUCCAGGGGCACGCUCCGGGAGCAAAGCUCCUCCGUGUGUACUAACGAUUUCAUGUGUAUACUUCAUCCUCGGGAGCAGAAUUUCCACCCCGCAAAAUGCUCCACGAUAUUUAACCGGUUAAAUAUUUGGGAGCAAGCUCCCGGGUCAAAUUGAGCGAACUUGAAAACGCUCCUCGUGUGUACUGACACGUGCAAAAUGAGCCUGGAGUAUGUUCCGGGAGCAAAACCCCUCGUGUGUAUCGGCCUUUAAGACCACAGAUCCCAAAGGGGAUUAGACAACAGCCAAUCAUGUGUUCCGCGUGGAUGACCCACGCUCUGAGCCACGCGUCCUUCACGAAUUGAGGCAGAAAAAAAUGGCGGAAGACGCGGAGAGCGAUAUUGCUAUUCGUUUUGUCUUAAAGAGAGAUUUCUGCUAAAGCUGUGUCAGCGAAACGGAAAUUAAAAAAGAAUCCCCCUUCCUCUCUUGCUAACAGUACAGCAGGGAAAUCCUUAACACACUGAAUAUUCUCUCAGGAUCAUUUAUAAUUUACAGUUUGAAGAGAGCAAUUUCUGGUUUUAUUCUUUCAUUAGUCAUUUAUUAUUCAACAAAGAUAACACUUGGUGUCCUAUAAUAAUAAUAAUAAUAAUAAUAAUAAUAAUAAUAAUAAUAAUAAUAAUAAUAAUAAUAAUAAUAAUAAUAAUUUAAUAACUUCUAGGGCGCCAUUUACAUUCACUGAUCAACAGCGCUUAACAACGUAAAAAAACUACAAUAAAAUUCAAAUUUGUAAAACUAAUUACAUGUACAUGAAUAUUACUUGCUACUUGCUUUAUUGUACAAACGACCGGUUUGAACAGACCGGCGAAAUUUCUCAUUUUGUUUAAGCACUGAGGUUAUGAGAACUUCGAGUUAAACUGAUUUCACGGGUUGUCAAAGAGUCGAGCGAUUCCCUUUUCCCAGGUGAGCGCCGACUCAUUUCGCUUCAAUAUUCAGAAAUGCUCUCGAUCUCUUUACACUUCAUUGCCUUUCGCCCGACAUGUUUUGCACGUUUAGUCAUGCGAAACCUCCACGAAACAUCCACGCAGCGCGCGAGGUAACUUUAUCCCGAUUCUAAAAAUAACUCGAGACGAAUUACCUAUGGACUAGGGUAUGUAUGGGGGAUGCCUUCUCUGUCCCCUUUAUCCUCUCUUGUUACAACACAAUAGAGAUCUAAGUGAUCCUUACGGCAGGAAGAGUGAUGAAAAAAUAUAAAAGAAGACAAAAAUAAAGUGGUAAGUUAGAUUAUUUUUGUUUUCUUUCCAUAUUUUUCCAUCACUCUUCCAACGGUAAGGAUCAGUUCACCGUUUCAAUUUUAAAAUUUAGUACUCAAGAUUUUACUGACUUUACUGAUCCAGGUCUACUAGAGAUCCAGCUGACCCUCACUGAUUUGUCGUUGUGGUUUUGCCUAGUGAAUCUAAAGUGAUGACGUCAUAAAAAUUAAAUUUGUGAAAUUUUGUGAUUUGUCAACAUAUUCUGAAAGAACAACGUCCAAGAGGCCUACUUGCUAGCAUUUCGGGGCAAAUUGUCUGUGAGAUAUUAAUCCAGUUAUGGUCUGAUGAGUCCUGGAAUCAUUGAUUGUGAUGUCACAAAAUGAAACUAUAUUGAAAGCGAUAUUGAACAUGCCCCGAAUCUGACAUUCAAAAAUUCGAGAAUUUUUUACUGCUAAUUAAAAUGUGACGUAACACCGUCGCACCCUGUCAAAGUGUUCUAGCUUGCUAAAGCUUGCCAGCAGUUUUUAAAAAAGGAAAUUUUUACCUUUCGCCAUUGCUGCUCUUGUCGAUAGAUGUAAAUUCUCUAGUAGGUGUGGGAAAUUCAUAAAAUUUCCCGAAAGGGCCCGGAAGGUGAUCGAGCCCGCGCUUCUAUUAAUCAGUGGCUCUGUCAUUUAACAAUAGGUACUGCAUGUUACAACCUAUACUGUCUUAUGGUCCGAUCUAGUCGCAGUGUCUAAAGUGCAAGAUGUCUGUUAAAGAAGAAAAGAUCGAAACAACUAGUUGUGAAGUGCUGGAUGAGGCUUUCGACUUCAUGAAGAAGGCACACGAGCUCAUUAACCAGCAAGCUCUUGACGUUCGCAAGGAAAAAGAAGCUUUUGACUCCGUUGCGAAAAAGCUUGAUCAUGUGCACUUCGGUUCCACCAUCAAGCUGAACGUAGGUGGUCAGUAUUUCACCACGAGUCUUCAAACACUGACAAAAGAUACAGGAUCAAUGCUACACGCCAUGUUUUCCGGUAGAUUUGAUACAAAGCCCGCUGAAGACGGAUCUUACUUCAUUGAUCGUGAUGGAACUCACUUCCGGUAUAUUCUGAACUACCUUCGAACAGGGUAUCUUCAUGUCCCAGAUGACAAGUUAAUCCGCAAGGAGAUUCUCGAAGAAGCUGAGUUCUAUCAGAUUCGUGGAAUUGUGGAUGAACUUUGCCCACCGCCGUUCCUGGGAUCUAAAAUCCUGUCAGAUGAUCAGAAGCAAAUCUUUGUUAACAGUUGGCUGAAACAUCGACUAGACCGUCGCCAUUCCAGUUUUGUGCUGCUUUAUCGUGCAUCUAGGGACGGGUGGGUAGCAUCUAAAUUUCAUGCCAUCUGUGACCAUCGGGGACCUACCGUCACUGUGGUAAGGAGUGGGGACUACAUUUUUGGAGGUUACACUGAGGAGUCGUGGGACAAAGGUAAGUUGUGUAUGUGCAGGUGUUCUCGAACCUUAGCCUCAAUCACAACACCUUCCGGCAGUGGCACCUACACCAGCUGUACCUGCAAAUUAAGCCCAGCAGCUUUUUACCCAGUCUUUUAUUCCAUCUUGGCAGUUAUAACCAUAGUUCACUAACUCUCCUGAACUUACUUAGAAAUUUGGUUUGGGCUUUGUAAGUACAAACUAUUUGAAUUAACAUAGCCUAAAACAGAUCACGUUUUGAUAAACCACCACAUAUCCCCCGUGAAAUGACAUGUGACAAAUGACUGCAGAAAUUCUGUAAUGCUAAUGUGCUGUCACUUCCCAGAUCUAGUAGCUCUUCUGCAGUGCUUUAAAACAUUCCCUUGUGGCAUGGUGAAUAAGAAGCACUAACUUAUUUCAGCAGUGUGACACAUUGUUACUCUCACUGGAAUUUCUGUGCUGGAUCCUCAGGCAUCAUUUUUUGGGGAAAGCAGUGUUUGGGUUACAAACUGUGUAGUGGUGGAUCCAGGGGAGGGGCCUGGGCACCCUCCAAUUAUUCUGAGACCAAAUUGAGGCCAAAAAGAUUUUUUGGAGACCCCUGCCCCCCCCCCCCCCCCCCCCCCUUUUUACCUGAAGGUCUGGAUCCACCACUGCUGUCAGCUGUUUUGUUAUGCUAGAGUUUUCAGAAUUCGUACACUGCAGGUGUAUUGAUUCAAUGAGUUACUGUAUUUUAUCAAUUAAGCACCUUUUUAAACAAGAAGUAGCUGGGUGCUUAUUGACUUUUCCCACCUACAGAAUGAGUGCUUUUUCGAGGUGGGUGCUUAUUUAGAGUUGGGUGCAUAAUCAAAUAAACAGAGUAACAAUAUUGUUAAAGGUCAAAGUGAAAGACAACAAGGGAAUAGAUUAAUCAUUACCAUUAUUAUCUUUAAUAAUAUUAUUAUCUCCUUAGUAAACUAUACAAAUGUCUGCAACACAAAAAACCUUCUUACAUGCUAAAAACAUGGCAUUAAGAGGAAUAUUAUGCAAAACAUUUUCAAAGUAAAUUUUUAAAACAAUUGACUUCGUAAGGGUCACAUAGAACAUUAAUACCUCACCUCCAUAAGUAAUCACCUAGGUGGAGUUACCAACACUCCAUCAUCAAUUGAUGCCUCACCUCCACCUAGGAAAAAUGACCAGCCUUUCCUAAUUGAUCCCCAUCAUUUGAAAAUUGACAGGCAGACCGUUCUAUCAUGGUCCCCUCAAUGGCAUUUGGCAGAACAGUAAUGUGAUUUUGCAUUUUGUGAAAAUUAGACUUUACGUCCUAAUGUGGUGGGAAAAAUUAUUGGCAGAUGCUUAACCCUGUCAAGGCUCCAAGAGAGAUCAGUGUUGAAUUUCUCCUUGUUACAGUAUACCUAUAAAAAAACAUAGUAGUCACAACAAGAAUUAAGAAAGUGAUUACAAAAGAUGAAUAAAAUUUUGCACUUUAGAGGAAAUGACUAUGGGUAACAAUGAGAAUUUGAAUUUUGAUAUCAGGGUGUAAAGAGUUAAAGUCACUUGGGUCACAUUUUUAUGGCAUACAAGGCGAUUGAUUUAUCUCAGAUUAGCUCUGCUACUAUGUCACUAAGGAAAGUGAGAAAAAAUAUAAGCAGAUGGGAAAUGAGAUGAGGAAGGAAUCCGGGCAUAGAUUUUUAAGGCACUUGAGACUAAAUUGAAAUCUUUUUUUGUUGUUUUAGAUUCUGGUUACAAGCACUGUAUGGAGUCCUUUCUGUUCAGCCUUGUGAACCCAUCAGGAGAUACGCCAACCAAGCUACCACUCAAGGGUACUGAAACCCAGUAUGGAAUCUAUUGCGAUAGUUCCUAUGGGCCAUGGUUUGGGGACGGGGAUCUUAGAAUCAGCAAUAGCGCAAAUGAAAAUACAGAUAGCUACAGCCAGCUGGACAACACUUAUGAAUGUCCACCACAUGCAUCAAGUACAACAUUUUUGGUUGGGAACGGGAAUUUUACUGUCAACGAGCUGGAAGUGUUUGUCUUUCAAGAAUAG